AUGACUUGGACACAACACUGGCUUGGAUCCGCGACGAGGCACCCAUCCUCAUUCGGGGAACCUCCUCCGUCUUCCCGACUCGUCCACGUUGACCUGGGUAAGGUUGCCGCGCUGCUGGCCGACGACACGCACUACAGGAGCCAGUUCGAGACGAGCACCUCCAGCGGCACGCUGGACACCUGGAGGCGGGCCGGCUGGGAGGCCGACCUGUUUGGGAACGCUUACGAGGACGCUCCGUUAGGUGAAAGGUGCAAAUACGGCGUCCUCAACGCGACGAACGACCCCAGGGGCGUGCGCGCCUGCAAGCAGUACGGCUCCAGCUACCUCCAACUGAGAGGGACGCGGCUGAGAACCACUUUCUCUGCCGAGGACAGCGCCGCGAUGAGCGCGGAGGACCUCGCAACGGUGGGGCUGGCGGGCUACGCGCAUGUUCUCGAGCAGUACACGGACGAUGAGCUGUAUGCUACUAUGAAGGUGGGCACACGGAGCGUCCGCGGCGCCGACUCGCGCAUCCUUGGAAGGUACAAAGAGGCCCAGAUUCAUGGGUCCGUCUCCCUGAUGGACAACGUGGAGUUCAUCGUGGCCGACCCCUCGCUGAAAGAGAGCGACGCAGCCAUCUCUGCUGUGGAGCUGCUGAGCACGGUGCACUGUGUGCCUGUGCUGUGGAUGGAGGAGGGAGCAGGCUUGCAGCCUGGUGAUGAGGCAUCGGUCUCUCGGCGUCGCGGAGGGCGGCGGCCACAGCAGGGGUCUCCCGGCGUCGGUUGCGGAGCAGAUCUCCGACACCCCCAGAGCGCCCGAUGA